AUGGGACUCGAUGUUCAGCUGUUCCGCGAUGAAAAGGGGGCAGAUAUUAUCCGCGAGUCACAAAGACGGCGAUUUGCGGAUCCCACCAUUGUGGACGCCGUGCUGGAGGUAGACAAGAGCUGGCGGCGCACACAAUUUAUGACGGAUGCCUACAAUAAGUUAAUCAAUACAUGCAGCAAGCUUGUCGGUGCGAAGAAGAAGGAAAAGGAGGCGGACGGGGACACAUCCGACAUUCCUGAGUCGAUCCGCGCAGCCUGCAAGGAGGGGGAGCUUGCCCCGGAUCAGCUGAAAGGCCUUUGUGUGCUGCAGCUAAAGCAGCUGUCAAAAGACCUCUCGGAACAGGUGUCGGUUCUUGCGAAGGAGGCAGCAGAGUUGGUGGCAAAGCGUGAUGGCCUUGUGCUUAGUGUCGGCAACAUCAUUCAUGAAUCGGUUCCCGUGGCGCAAGAUGAGGAUACGGGCAAUGUCGUUGUACGCACCUUUGGUGAUGUGACGAAAAGGGCAAAACUGAAUCAUGUGACGAUCAUGGAGCGUCUCGGUAUGAUGGAUACAACAAAGACAGUUACCUCCAUGGCGGGUGGGAGGGCGUACGUGCUGAAGGGUGGACUCGUUCAGCUCCAAUUGGCGCUCUUGUCGUACGGGAUGAACUUUCUUGUUAGCAGAGGUUACACCCCGUUGUACCCGCCCUUCUUCCUUAACAAGGAUGCCAUGUCAGAGGUGGCGCAGCUCUCUCAAUUCGAUGAGGAAUUGUACAAAGUAACGGGUGACGGUGAGGAAAAGUAUUUGAUUGCCACGAGCGAGAUGCCUAUUGCGGCGUACCACCGGGGUAAAUGGUUCACGGAGCUGAAGGAGCCGUUGAAGUACGCUGGAAUGUCGAGUUGCUUCCGGAAGGAGGCCGGCGCUCACGGCCGUGACACGCUCGGUAUCUUCCGUGUACAUCAGUUUGACAAGUUGGAACAAUUUCUGGUGUGUUCCCCACGGGAGGAGGAGUCCUGGCGGCAUCUUGAGGAGAUGAUUCGCACCUCCGAGGAAUUCUGCGAGAGCCUUGGACUGCCGUACCGCACCAUCAACAUUUGCUCUGGUGCGUUGAAUAACGCCGCGGCAAAGAAAUAUGAUGUUGAGGCAUGGUUCCCCGCAUCAGGCGCCUUCCGUGAGUUGGUAUCGUGUUCUAACUGCACGGACUAUCAGGCGCGCGGGGUGAAUUGCCGCUUUGGUCCAAACUUGCGCAACGUGUCGGCCAACAACGUCAAGGAGUACUGUCAUAUGUUGAAUGGUACAUUGUGCGCUAUUACAAGGACGAUGUGUUGCAUCUGCGAGAACUAUCAGACAGAGGAGGGUGUUGUCGUUCCAGAUGUGCUUCGUCCAUACAUGAUGGGCCUGGAGAUGCUGAAGUUUGCUGAUAACGUGCCAUCCGCCGAGGAAACGGAGUCAAAAUAG